AUGGCCGACAACCAGGGAGUAGUCGUGGAAGCCCACGAGAUUGAGACUUUCCAGCCUCCUCAGAAGAUGUUCGCAAAGCACCCCGGCAAACCCCACAUUGCAAGCCUUGAGGAGUACCAGAAGCUCUACAAGGAGUCCAUCACCGAGCCCAACAAGUUCUGGGGCCGAACAGCUCGCGAGCUGCUUUCCUGGACCCGCGACUUUGAGACCGUCUCUGCCGGCAGCCUCGCUGAGGGCGAUAUCAAGUGGUUCGUAGAGGGCCAGCUCAACGCCUGCUACAACGCUGUCGACCGCCAUGCUUACAAGGACCCUAACCGCGUUGCCAUCAUUUACGAAGCUGAUGAGGUCGACGAUGGCCGCAACGUCACCUACAGCGAGCUUCUUCGCGAUGUCUCCAAGGUUGCUUGGGUCCUGAAGCAGGCCGGCAUCAAGAAGGGCGACACCGUUGCCAUCUACAUGCCCAUGAUUCCCGAGGCCGUUGUCGCCAUCCUGGCCUGUGUCCGUAUCGGUGCCGUCCACUCCGUUGUUUUCGCCGGUUUCUCCGCCGACGCUCUCCGGGACCGUGUCCUUGAUGCCAAGUCCAGAUUCGUCAUUACUUCCGAUGAGGGCAAGCGAGGUGGCAAGUUCAUUGGCACCAAGAAGAUUGUCGACGAUGCUCUGAAGCAGUGCCCCGACGUCAGCAACGUUCUUGUCUACCGCCGCACCGGCGCCGAUAUCAACAUGGUUCCUGGCCGUGAUCUGUGGUGGCACGAGGAGGUCGAGAAGUGGCCCAGCUACAUCGCCCCCGAGCCCAUGAACUCUGAGGAUCCCCUCUUCCUUCUCUACACCUCUGGCUCUACCGGAAAGCCCAAGGGUGUCAUGCACACCACCGCCGGCUACUUGCUUGGCGCCGCCCUGACCGGCAAGUACGUCUUCGAUAUCCACGACGGCGACCGCUACUUCUGCGGUGGUGAUGUUGGUUGGAUUACUGGCCACACCUAUGUCGUUUACUCUCCCCUGCUCUUGGGUGUUUCCACAGUCGUCUUCGAGGGCACACCUGCCUACCCCAACUUCUCAAGAUACUGGGACAUCAUUGAGAAGCACAACAUCACUCAGUUCUACGUUGCUCCCACCGCCCUGAGACUGCUCAAGCGAGCUGGUGAUGAGCACGUCCGCGGCAACUUCAAGUACCUGCGAACUCUCGGUUCCGUCGGUGAGCCCAUCGCUGCCGAGGUCUGGAAGUGGUACUAUGAGAUUGUUGGCAAGGAGAGCGCCCACAUUGUUGAUACUUACUGGCAAACCGAGACUGGCUCCAACGUCAUCACACCUCUGUCCGGUAUUACCCCCAUGAAGCCCGGCAGUGCUUCACUACCAUUCUUCGGCAUUGAGCCCGCCAUCAUUGACCCUGUCUCUGGUGAGGAGCUCCACGGCAACAACGUUGAGGGUGUCCUUGCUUUCAAGCAGUCAUGGCCCAGCAUUGCCCGUACCGUCUAUGGUAGCCACAAGCGAUACCUGGACACCUACCUGCACGUCUACAAGGGCUACUACUUCACUGGUGAUGGUGCCGCUCGUGACCACGAGGGAUUCUACUGGAUCCGAGGACGUGUCGAUGACGUCGUCAACGUCAGUGGUCACCGUCUCUCCACUGCCGAAAUCGAGGCUGCCCUGAUUGAGCACCACUCUGUUGCCGAAGCCGCCGUCGUUGGUGUUUCCGACGAGCUGACUGGCCAGGCUGUCAACGCCUUCGUCGCUCUCAAGGAUGGCAACGAGAGCACAGAUGCGCUCCGCAAGGAGCUCGUCCUGCAAGUCCGCAAGAGCAUUGGCCCCUUUGCCGCCCCCAAGGCUGUCUUCAUCAUUGGAGAUCUCCCCAAGACUCGAAGUGGCAAGAUUAUGCGUCGUAUCCUGAGAAAGGUGCUGGCGGGUGAGGAGGAUCAGCUUGGUGAUGUUUCAACGCUGUCCGAUCCUUCAGUCGUUGAUAAGAUCAUCGCCACCGUCCACGAGGCUAGGGGAAAAUAA